AUGUUGAAGCUGUCAUAUAAAGGCGUAGAUAAAGCUCAAAAAGUAAAGCUACAAUCUUUAAGAAGAGAAUAUGAAAGGUACGAAAUGUCUAACUCAGAAACUGUUGAGCAAUAUUUUACUCGUGUUAUAAAUCUUGUCAAUAAGAUGAGAGUCUAUGGAGAAGAUAUACCUGAUAGUAAAGUGGUGGAAAAAGUUUUUCGCACCAUGCCUAAGAAAUAUGACCAUGUGGUGACUAUGAUACUAGAGUCCCACGAUAUGGAUACUAUGACGAUUGCAGAGUUGCAAGGAAUCAUGGAAAGUCACAUUAGUAGAAUACUGAAGAAGUCAGAAAAAUCAAUCGAGGAAGCACUGAAAAGGCGAAUGAAUUUAAACAAUGCUGCAGAAUCAAGCCGUACACAAGAAGGACAUGGUCAUGGUUUCAAUUUUUAA